AUGUGGUUGUCUUCAUUACUGGUGGUUGGCGCCGGAGUUGCGACGGCGUCUGCUGCUUAUGCGCCGGGAAAGGCAUUCGAUCGAUUUAUAACGAUAUGGCUCGAGAACCGGGACUUUGUGGAAGUCGAAAAGAAUGCCCAUACAAAGGCUCUCGCGAAAGAUGGCAUCCUCCUCACCCAAUACUAUGGGCUUACGCAUCCCUCGCAACCCAAUUAUAUUGCAUCUGUGGGUGGUGAUUACUUUGGAAUGGACCAUGACGAAAUUGCGAAGAUACCUGGAAAUGUCUCGACGGUGGUGGAUUUGUUCGACACGAAGGGUAUCUCGUGGAAAGGAUAUUUCGAGGGGAUACCGGGACCGGGAUAUAUGGGUGAGGGAAGUACGGCUCCUGGUGGCAGUGAGUGGACUUAUGUCAGUAAACAUAAUCCUUUCAUAUCUUACGAGAGCAUUAGCCGCAAUGGCACACGCCUUGCAAAUAUUCAAAGCUUUGCCGAUUUCGACACCGAUGUCAAAACAAAUAAGCUCCCGCAAUAUGCACACAUGUCACCGAAUAUGGACAACGAUGGCCACGAUACGACUCUCGAGUUCGCAGCAAAUUGGUCGCAAGCAUUUCUCACGCCUCUUCUUAAAAACAAGGAAUUCAUGAACAAUACUCUUAUCCUCCUCACCUAUGAUGAGAGCGAGACGUAUUCUGUCCCCAAUCGAAUCGUGUCAAUUCUCUUAGGUGGCGCAGUCCCAGCAGACCUGAAAGGAACAACCGACGACACAUUCUAUACUCAUUACUCCAUACUCUCGACUUUGGAGAACAAUUGGGGUCUCCCUAAUCUAGGCCGCUACGACGUAGGCGCCAACGUCUUUGACUUUGUGGCAAGGAAAACAGGCUACAACAACCAUCCACCAUCGAACAUGGCCUCGGUCAAUAACUCCCUCUCCUAUGGUGGCUUCCUACAUUCGGACGAAAAAGCAUACAAACCCAUCCCUCCACCAAAUCUACAAUUGAUUGGUGCUGGGGGUAAAGGUGUUGGUCCUAGCGUAAUGGAAGCUUGGGGCUCGGCGAAGGGCGAAAAGACGCCUUAUGAUGGGAGCGGGAUCGUAUAUGACGGAGGGGAUGGGAAAUCAAAUCCCAACGCACCAGUUUACAAGGCGCAGGCCCCUGCACCACGUGUGACUAGUCCUGCAACCACCAAUACCCUUCCAAGCACAGCCCCUCCUACGCACAGCCCUACCAUAACCUCGGGAACGAGUAGAAUGAUGGCGUUGGAUGUCAAUUGGGCAGGUAUUGGUUUUGGCGUUUUUGCAAUUGCGGCGUUUAUCCUGUGA